AAUGUACUUUUUUUGUCUAAAGAAUUAUAUUUUCUGUUAAUGCUUUAUAAAAAACAAUUAUUUUAAUUGUUACAUCAAAGUUCAAUUCAUAUUGAGAUAUAGAGCUUGAAACAUUAUGUGGUUUUUCUUAUAAGAUUUUAAUUGUUUUAAAACAUUUUUAAAAACUUAUGAUUAAAGGUGAACUUUGGAUAAUUGGUUUUACAAAUCUUAUGAUAAGAUCAUGGCUUAAAAGGAUGGAUGACAUAAAAUAAAUAUUGUUUACAUCCGCAGAUUAAUUUACAAUGGAUAGUUUUUUUUUUUCAAAACUAAAGGUUAAUGAGCAAAGAAGACAUACUGUACCGGUUCUUGAUAAAAAGGAUAUUGCAGUAGCAAUUAAGCAAUCAGUGCUGGAUGAUACCAGCAUUGAGAAACAAAAAGUUUUAUCACUUUUUCCAGCUUGCGUUAAAAAACUAGUUUAUUUUACAUUAAAUAAUUCUGAAACAAUUAAAUUAAUUUCUUCAGAUGAAUCUGACAUUGAAGCAGAAACAGGACAAUUCAAUGAUAUAAAAGCUAUGUCUGUUCCGCAUUGUCCUGUAAAUUCUGAUCAUAAUGAAAAACUUCCACUUCCAGAUAAUGUUGAUUGGACAGUACAGGCUGUUAAUGGAACUCAUAUUUGGCAUGAUACUAGUACAUCUGGUGGAUGCAUGUUACAGGAUUGCAGAAAAUCAGGUCCAAAGAAACGAUGCACAGCUUGUAAAUUUGUAGCACAUAAAAAAUGUGCUGAAAAUCAAAACAUGUUAAAUCUUCCUAAAUGUCGCUCAACAUACAGAGAAGCAACUCCGAAAGGUGGUGUUGAUAUUUUACCAUAUCAUCAUAUUGUCUGUCAUCGAAAACUGCAUGGUCGAUGUGAUGGCUGUGGGAAAAAUAUUCAAUCCAUGUUGUCUUAUAAAACACAACGAGAGUUUAUCGCAAGUACAUGUUCUUGGUGCAAAUUAGCUUAUCACACUAACUGUUCUCCUAAAGAUAUACUCAAGUCAUACUGUAAUUUGGGAACUCAUAAAAAUGUUAUAUUACCUCCAUCUUGGGUGGUAAAGUUACCACCACGUAAAUACUCGCAGACUAAUAGUAAACGAGGACGAGGAGUUUCAAUGCGUAGACAUUCUAGUAAAGAACGAAGAGCAUUUGUUAUAAAACCUGUUGAUGGAAAUAAUAAAGUUAUGUUACUUGUUUUUGUAAAUCCUAGAAGUGGUGGAAAUGAGGGUGCAAGAAUUUUAGAAAAAUACCAAUAUUUAUUAAAUCCCAGACAGGUCUUUGAUUUAUCAAAAGGUGGUCCUAGGUUUGGACUUGAGUUAUUUCGUAAAGUACCUAAUAUUAGAAUACUUGUUUGUGGAGGCGACGGAACUGUUGGCUGGAUUUUAUCAGAAAUUGAUAAAUUGAAGGUUUGUCCUGCUCCACCUGUUGCUAUUUUGCCUUUGGGCACUGGAAAUGAUCUUUCAAGGUUUCUUGGAUGGGGAUCUGGGUAUACAGAUGAACCCUUAAGCAAAAUUCUUACUCAUGUGGAAGAGGGAGAAGUUCAAAAAUUAGAUAGAUGGUCUAUUGAUGUUAUUCCUUAUGAUGUUGCACCAGAAAAUUGCAACGAGAAAGAUUCUGAAGACAACUCAGUUUCAAAGUUACCAUUGUCUGUAAUGAACAACUACUACAGCAUGGGAGCAGAUGCUGAUGUUUGUUUAGAGUUUCAUGAGUCUAGAGAGGCAAAUCCUGAACGAUUCAAGAGUCGAUUAAAAAAUUUAUAUUUUUAUGGAAAGAAAGGAAGCGAGACAAUUAUUCGUAGAAAAAGCAAGGCUUUAUAUAAAUGUAUUGAGAAUAUAAUUUGUGAUGAUAUGGAUUUAACUCAAACAAUAAAAGAUCUAAAACCACUUUGUCUAAUUUUUUUAAAUAUUUCUUCAUACAGUGCUGGCACUAGUCCUUGGGGAAAUCCUACAAAUGAAGGUUUCUUACCUCAAUCAUGCGAUGAUGGUUACUUAGAAAUUAUAGCAUUAACUUCAGCAUCUAUGGUUACCACACAAGUUGGAGGUCAUGGAAUUCGGAUUAAUCAAUGUCAAUCCGCCAUUAUAUUUACAAAUACAAAAAUUUCUAUGCAAGUAGAUGGAGAACCUUGCAGGUUAAAUCCAUCCAAAAUACAUAUUAAAAGAAGGAAUCAAGCUAAUAUGAUUACAAAAAGAAAGCCACAUCGAUCGUUGUAUGAUCUGGAGGAAAGACCUCUCAAAAUAACACCAAAAAUGUUGUCCACAAAAUUGUACUAUCUUACUCUUAAUCAAUAUAUGAAUUUAGUAAAAUAUGACAUAGAUGAAAUUAAAGAUGUUGUUAAUGAAUUAUGCUCUGUUAGCAUUGAUCCAGAAUGGCCACUAGAUUAUAUGCGUAGAGAAAUCGAGAAAAUGAAGGAUACUGAGGAUUCUUUAAAAUCGCGUUUAAGAGAAGAUUGGUGUUUUCUAGAUGCUACUUGGACAGUGCGAAUAUAUAGAAUUGAUGAAGCACAGGAAAGUUUGCUGUAUCUGGGAGAUAUAUUAGAAGGAGGAUUAUUUGUACUAGAUCUUUUCAAGAAUCACGAUUCAUCGUCACAACUAGCAAUUUCGACUCAUAAUUUUAAUCAUGUGAUAAAACGUCCUUCAUCAGUCAUUGAUGAUGAACUUUCAAUGAAUUGUGAGAGAAGGAAUUCUUUAUACCUAUCCACCUCAGAUAAAGAAAAAAGUUCAUCAGAAAGUGAAAGUGAAGAAAGCUGUGAUGAAAAUAUUAGCAUUCCAAAAGAUGACAAUGAACGAUUAAGAGCUUUUCUUGAUGCUGCUCAGAAAGGGAAUUUUCAUCAGUUUAAAGCAAUCCAUCAGGCUGGUAUAAAUUUAACAGUUCGUGAUUCUUCAGGGUUGACUCCACUUCAUUUAGCUUCAAAGAAUGGCCAGAAAUCGAUUGUUAAUUAUAUUAUUGAUCAAGUUGAAAGUCAAAGUGACAAAGAUUUCAGUUGUAGUAUAAUUGACCUUGUUGACAACGAGAACCAUACACCAUUACAUCUUGCAGCAUUUUCUAAAAGACGCACAAUAUGUCGCAAGUUAAUCCGUGGUGGUGCUUCUGUUACUCGGCAAGAUACUGAGGGUAAUACUCCUCAAUUGUUAGCUAUAAAAGCACAGGAUGCUGAAUUAGCCAAAUAUCUUGAAAAAGAGGAAAGGCUUCAACUGAUUGCUGCUGAUGACCAUGAAACAGCUGUAUGAUUGCUGGUGAUGACCAUGAAACAGCUGUAUGAUUGCGCACAAACCAUUGAUUGGUAUAUGGAUUAGAAAUACGUUUUUAAACAUCAUUUUUUGAGACUAUAAUUUUGGUGAAUAAAAAAAAGUUUCUGUUA